AUGUCAGAGUACUCCCUCAAAGCCGCCAUCGACGAAUUCUUCUCACAGACGUCUGCCACUCGCGAAGCAUGCGAUUCCAUGGCCAAGAAUCUUGUUGGAGGGAAAGGGAAACCCGUGCCAAUUGCCGUGCAAGGAAACUGCAGUUACACAGUCUACGCUGGUCCUGAACUUGAAUUUGUUGUUCAAUUCCGUUUGGACUCCUUGAAGCUGGAUUCCGAGAUUUCGAUUCUGGCAAGCAAGCUAUACGGCUCUCUGGUGCCAAAUAUUUCAUUCCAUGGCGAGAUAGGAGGAGAUAAUGGCCAGUUACGUGGAGAUAAUGGAAAAGAACACGUCUUGGUCUACGUCAUGAAUCGCAUACGAGGGGUCAGUCAUCUUGACUUUAUUCUCGAAAAUGGAUUUCCUGAGAACUCGGAAAAGACUUUUGCGUGGAGGGAUACGCUUUUGAGAGAUAUAGCUUGUUUCUUCGCGCUCACCUGGAAAUCUCCCCAGAAAGUCAAUCAAGACUACAAAAACAAGUUACGCCAAACCUAUACCAAGGAGCUGCAGCUGCUACUCCAUUCUCUUCCGUCGCGCUUUCAUCAAAGCGUACAGAAAUGCCUUGAUUCAAUGGAUGCUAUUUUCUCGUUGCCCAUGGUCCUCCUUCAUCGAGACUUUGGCACUUGUAAUGUCAUGGUCGAUGCAACGUCUUGUCAUCUGACUGGAGUUCUUGACUGGGCCGAAGCUGAGAUUUGCCCCUUUGGACUGAAUCUCCAUUCACUGCAGGCUUUUACGGGCGCAUUGCAUCUGAAGAAUGGGUGGAGACGAUAUGAGGAUUACGAAGCGCGGCAAAAUACGUUUUGGGGCACGUUUCGUGAUGAGGUAGGUGGGUUGUCCGAAGAAACGGUCAGGACUAUCAAGAUGGCAAGAGUCAUGGGUUUAUUGCUGUCUAGCGGCUUUACACGAAGACUGGCAAAUAGGCCGGAAGCUACGCCGAUCCGUGAUGAUGAAGCGGGGAGGUAUAAUAUGUUGUCUCUUGAUGGGUUUCUUGUUAAUCCAGCUACGAAGUUUGAUGGGCUUGAUUGA